GCGUAAUUAUUGGUUAUAUUCUAUUACUAGUUUCUGUCUACCUUCCCUUGUCUUCCAUUUCACCUACCUAUCCACAGUCCUGUAUUUUAACGUUUCUCAUCUUUUCACUUACUCAAGAGAGUUCAGAUUCUGCACCAUUUCUGGGCCUCUGAGAUUUUUCUGGGUUUGUCUUAGCUCUUGCACUUCAUUCAGAAAUGUCUGCUCAAGGCUUUGGCUACUGGCUUCAAUGGCAAGUGGGACUUUGUGCUUUGAUUAUCACAGGUCCUUCUAUUAUAGCUCUCAAAUAUGUCAAGAAUUCAAAGCAAGAACCUUUGAAUUCUGUUGACUUGUGGAGUACAUGUUGGAAAUCAGUGGAUCCUAUUUGGCUUCUGUUCUACAGAGCUUUCGCUUUCCUUUGCUUGGCCAAAAUGCUCUACGACUUUUUCGCCAUAUUCCCAAUGUUCACACUCGUUUUCUACACCCAGUGGACUUUUAUACUGGUUACUCUCUAUUUUGGGCUGGGGACGAUUAUAUCUGCUCAUGGAUGUUUUGUUGCAAGGAAUGAACUGAAGGGCAAACCCAAGUCAAAAAGCCAACAAAAAGCAGGAUUCUUUGGAAAUCUAAUGCAUAUUAUGUAUCUGACAAGUGCAGGUGCUUCUAUGCUUACAGAUAUAGUUUUUUGGUGUCUCAUACUUCCAUUUCUAACCAGUAUGGAAUUUGAAUUGACCCUGUUGAUAGGAGCUAUGCAUGCUGUAAAUGCCGGUUUUCUUAUUGUGGAUACCGCUCUCAAUAGACUUCCGUUUCCUUCGUUAGGGUUUGUAUACUUUGUGCUCUUUGGCUCCCUCUACAUCACUUUCCAAUGGACCAUUCACGCCCUUGGUGUUGACUGGUGGCCAUAUCCUUUUCUCGAGCUAAAUACACCUUGGGCGCCUGUAUGUUAUUUUGGGUUGGCAUUGGUUCAUAUUCCCUGUUAUUGGAUAUAUACCUUGGUCGUGAAGGCAAAAGGUUCAAUUCUCCCCAAAUUGUUUCCCCGUACAUUUGACAGGUUGCAUUCAUAAGCUCAGACUUUACAUACAAAGUGACUGCACAAAAUAAUUCAAGUGACAGUGUAAUGACAUUUAAGUCAAUGAAGUUAUUCAUUCCCCUCAAAAAAAAAAAAAAAAUUCAAAGUGACAGUGAGAGCUCGUUUUUCAUGCUCAGUUUUGUAUGUAUAAUAAUUAUUGAACUCUCUUCCCCUGUUCUUUUCAUUCUUAUAUCCCAUUAUCCCCCAUCAGAAGGUACAGGGGAAAGCAGGGGAAGAAUUUGAUAUCACUAUCUUAAAUCAUAUAAGAAUUUAGAUGCAAUUGUGUUGAAA